UACUGGAGUUGGCAUAAUGUAACCGGCAACACCUUUCAAUGCCAGCUUAUAAAAAAGUUAUACACAAACAUGGUGGAUCAGCUGUUUUCAUAUUUCUCGGGCCGCAUUUUGUUUUUAUAAACCGCGUAUUGUUAUGGUGCCAUAGCCAUGUGUGAAUUAAAAUGGGUUCUAUCGCAUCGGUGCUGCAAUGGCAUUGUCAGACGUGCGGCCAGAUCAACCCAACCGAGAGUGUAAAGUGUUUAAAAUGUUCCACCAAACGGGUCUCAAGUCAUGACAGUGAAGAUUCUAAACGCUAUUAUACAAAAGAUUCCUCCUCAGAGCAUACGAUUCGAACAGAAAAAAGCGAAGGAACAACUCCAGGAUCGGAAGCCAUCGCUAUACCAUCGACCUCUAAUAUCAAUAGCGGAUGGUCGUGCGUUGGCUCCGCGCCGGGCCCGACGCGCGCUUGGCGCUGCGCGUGCGGCCUGCGCAACGUUUCCGCCGCGUGGCGCUGCGCGGCCUGCGACGCGCUCGCGCCACACGCGCCCGUCUACAGGCUGUCUGAUGACGAGGAUCAAGCAUCGGGGAUGACGGACAAAGAAAAAUCUGCCCAAGAUAACACUAUGAUAAGAUCCAACACCCUGGCAGUCCCGUCAUAUAAGCCUACGACCAACUACGAUAGCCGCCGCUUGAAUCUCGACGUGCAAUCUCUCCGUCUCUCUCCCACCCAGCUGGCCGACCAGACCCACGGAGUAACGCGCUCUCUAUCCCACGGCUCCGUCAUCAACUCUCAACCCAAAUGGUGGAAGCUAGAUGAAACUAGAGGCACGAUCAAUCGCCCGACUAGUUUGAUGGUCUCCGAGAGAUACGGAUACACAUCCCAAACUAAUCCUAGAGAGAGUUUCUUAAGGAGUUUGCACACAGUCACUAGAAGACCGAAGAAGUGCGAAAGCAAAUCCAAUUGGGAAUUGAAUUACGUUAAAGAUUAUCAGAGAGAGCAGAGCAGAGCGCUCCAUUUGAAAAAGUGGGCGUGCAGCAAGUGUACUUUAGAAAAUUCAGGAAUCAGAACCCAUUGUGAAGCCUGCCUGUCGCCGAGAGUGUCACCUUUAUCAAGAAUUUCUAAUACCAGGGGUUUAAGUGUGACUACGCUUGGGAGACAUGAGACAACGAAUCGGGAAGGGGCUACUUCGUUACCUACCUCAGGUGGUGUGAUGAUCACAGUUCCCGAUUGGCCCCAAACUGGUGCUACGACCUUAGGCUCUUCAUUCCGCAGAUCAAUAAGUGCUCAAAACUCUCCGGAAAUUCGGCCUACUUACAGACGUUCGUUUUCAGAACAGACUACGGAUUCACGCCCUAUAGGCAAAAUAAUCUCUAGUAGAAGAAGCUUGAAUGAUUACCAGAAAUCCUUAGCUAGUUAUUGCGGCAGCUUGCCUAAGAAACCUGAAGAAAAAACGGAAAAGAAGGAAGACAAUUCAGAGUUGAUAGACAAAGAAUGCAGUUGGGAUACCAACGCCGAAGGAGUGAUAUACGCUUUACCCAAUAAAGGGAAAUAUAAAGACUUGAAUCUGCAGCUGCAAGUCAAUAAUAACGGGACUAGAUAUUCGUACGUCUCUGUACAGGAUACGAAGACAGUCAUGAGUAACUCACAGAACGAAGCUUUAUACUCUAAUGAUAUAGGUGACGGAGAUUACGCGAGGAUAGACGAGUUGCUAGGCGCUGAGAAUUGUAUAUCGCCGGUCAGUGAAGCGAGUAACAUACGAACUUCACAUAUAGGGUCUCAGAGUGUGUUCAAUAUGCUGCCGUCGGUGGGGAAGGUGUCGCAGCCGAGGGAGAUGACCAAUGUGCCUUCGACUCAGCCGUCGCCGCAGCAGCCGCAGCCGCAGAACUCGCAAUCCGAGCGCAUGUGGCAGUGCUCGUCGUGCUGGUUCGCGUACAACGCGUGGUGGGCGCGCUCGUGCGACGUGUGCCGCGCGCGGCGCGUGCCCGGCGCGCCCGUCACCGUCACCCGUCACGACAGUAACAGUUCCAGGCCGCCGAACGCGAAUUCGAACCCGGAGCCGAGCGGUAGCAAGGCGGAGGCGAAUAGCAACGUACCGCCGACUAAGAAGCUUACUGUGCCUAUUGCUUCGUUGGAUCACGAUUUGAAUAGCGACGAGCUACUUUUUGCAGUUGAGUCCCCGCCGGCGGCGGGCUGGUCGUGUGCGCGCUGCACGUUGCUCAACGAUGCCGCCGCCACCGUGUGCGCGGCCUGCGCUGCCUCCAAACCUCCACCUCAACACUGGUCGUGUAGUUCGUGUACGCUACGGAACCCUUUAUCAGCGAGUCUGUGUUUGGCGUGUAAGACUCCGCCAGUACCCCGGCACGGGGUGCCUGGACCUUCGACUGAAACUAAUCAUACCGGCGCGCGCACGCGCAGCCCCUCCCCGCGGCGCAGCCGGCACACGCCGGCGCCGCGCCGGCAGAAGUCGCCGCCACCAGAGACCAAGUCGGAGUCUGUCGGUUGGUCGUGCUCGGAGUGCACGUACGCGAACCCGGGCGGCGCGCUGGCGUGCGACAUGUGCCAGUCGCCGCGCGCGCGCCUGCUGCCCGCGCCCGCGCAGCCCGCCCACCAGCUGGACGACGACGACCAAGAGGGCUCGGACAGCGAACGUCAAGAAAGCACGCCGGUUGAAAUACUACGGCUCAGGGAAGAGAGUCACGCGUGGACGCAGUGGCAAGAAGUACUCGCUCAGUGUGCCGCUACGGGCGAGCCGUAUGUGGACGAGUCCUUCCCCGCGCACCCCCGCUCCCUCUACUACAACGGCAGCGGCGAGAGCGGCGCGGCGGCGCGCUGGCUGCGGCCGCACCAGAUACACGUGGACGGCUCGCACCGCCUGCCCUGGCGCGUGUACCGCGACCCGAGACCCUCCGACAUCUCGCAAGGUGUCCUAGGCAACUGCUGGCUUCUAUCGGCGCUAGCGGUGUUAGCAGAGCGCGCAUCUCUAGUGCGAGGCGUCGUUGUUAGGGGUGAACCCAGCGUGGGGGCCUACCAGCUGCGACUAUGCAAGGAUGGACGAUGGCUCACUGUGACCGUUGACGAUCUACUGCCGUGCAAUAAAAAAGGGCACCUGGUUUACUCUCAGGCUAAAAGAAAACAGCUGUGGGUGCCUCUCAUAGAGAAGGCGGUCGCGAAACUGCACGGAUGUUACGAGGCUCUCGUUUCUGGGAGAGCUAUUGAAGGUCUAUGCACACUAACGGGGGCUCCAUGCGAGUCAGUAUCACUACAAGCGGGCGGAGCGGGCGGCGCCGGCGGCGGAGCUCCGCUCGAGCAGCUGGACCGCGACCUGGUGUGGGCGCAGCUGCUGUCCUCGCGGCAGGCCAGCUUCCUCAUGGGCGCCAGCUGCGGCGGCGGCAACAUGAAGGUGGACGAAGAAGAAUACCAACGCCUCGGCCUCCGGCCCCGCCACGCGUACAGCGUGCUCGACGUGGUGGAGGUGGCGGGGCCGGUGCGCCUGCUGCGGCUGCGCAACCCCUGGGGCCACUACACGUGGCGCGGCGCCUGGGCCGGCCACUGCCCGCGCUGGACCCCGGAGAUGCGGCGGGCGGUGCGCCAGAGCGCCCCCAGCGACCCACAUCACGAUCAAGCCGUGUUCUGGAUCAGCUUCGAGGAUGUUCUCAAAUAUUUCGACUGCAUCGACAUCUGCAAAGUCCGUGUCGGCUGGCACGAAGUCCGGUUAGCAGGGGUGCUGCCACCUAUGUCUUCGACGCGACACCUCACGUGCUUACUGCUCACCGCUACCCAGCCCACCGAGGUGGACUUCACACUGUUUCAGGAGGGACAGAGAAAUUCAGCCAAAAGUCAGCGUUCCCAAUUGGACUUGUGCGUGGUCGUGUUCCGGACGAAAUCGGGACCGAACGCUCAAGUCGGAAAACUGGUCGCACAUAGCAAAAGACAGGUCCGCGGCUUCGUCGGCUGCCACAAAAUGCUAGAAAAAGGCUUCUACCUAGUAGUCUGUCUGGCCUUCAACCACUGGCACACGGGGUUCUCGCCAGAGUCCCUGGCCGGCUGGCCGCGGCACGUGCUGGCCGCGCACUCCAGCAAGCCGCUGGGCGUGGAGCGGCCGCCGCUGCACGCGCACAUCCUGGCCGACGCCAUCAUCGGCCUCACGCUGGCGAGGGGGCAGCGCCACGAGGGCCGGCAGGGCAUGACGGCCUACUACCUCACUAAGGGCUGGGCGGGAUUAGUGGUUAUGGUCGAGAACCGACACACGGACAAGUGGAUCCACGUGAAAUGCGACUGCCAGGAGAGCUACAACGUAGUUUCCACGCGGGGAGAGCUUAAAACUAUCGACUCCGUCCCGCCUCUACACAGACAAGUGAUAAUAGUACUGACGCAGCUGGAGGGCAGCGGGGGGUUCAGCAUCGCGCACCGGCUCACGCACCGGCUGGCGGCGGGCGCGCGCCUGCAGGACUGGGCGCCGCCCGCCGACGCCGAGCCGCGCCACCGCCCGCCGCUGCCGCGCCGCCUGCACGGCCUGCACGCUCCGCGGCUCAUCACGUAG